AUGGCUGCCGAUUUCCCGUCCCCCUCUGCUCUUGAAACUGGAGAAAAUGACGAUGUCUACAAGAAGACGCGAGAUCGUAUGCUCCCAAGCUCGUCCAGAAAUGCUCUGGUCGUAGUCGUUGGCGAGUUCUGCGGGACGUUUAUGUUUCUCCUGCUAUCCUUUAUAGGCGCUCAAACUGCCAUUGUCAAUAACUCGCCGGGGGGGUCAAACCCAAAUGCUACAUUGCUCCCGUUCAGUCUAUUGUAUAUUGCCUCGUCUUUCGGCACUGCACUGGCUGCCAACGUCUGGAUAUUUUACCGAGUCUCUGGAGGCAUGUUUAAUCCGGCUGUUACUCUAGGCCUUACUCUCGUCGGCGCUGUCACUCCCCUGCGCGCCCUCGUCAUAGUGCCUGCUCAGCUAGCAGCGAGUAUUGCAGCUUCAGCAGCGGUAAUGGGUCUCCUGCCCGGGCCCCUGCGCGUUGCCAAUUCGCUCUCCAACGGAACCAACAUCGCGCAAGGUCUCUUCUUAGAGAUGUUUUUAACCACUCAGCUCGUCCUCGCCGUAUAUUUUCUUGCAGUCGAAAAGCAUCGGGCUACAUACCUUGCCCCUAUUGGCAUUGGCAUCUCCGUCUUUAUUGCGCAUAUGGCAGGGACGAAUUAUACAGGCACCUCAGUCAAUCCCGCUAGAUCAUUUGGCCCUGCCGUCCUCACUGGCUUCAAGAGCUAUCACUGGAUCUACUGGCUGGGCCCUUUUGCGGGCGCGCUCGUGGCGUUUAUUGUUUAUAGUCUCCUCAAGUGGCUGGACUACAGAACUGCAAAUCCUGGCCAGGAUGAUGACGAUAUCGAGCGGACAAUAAUUAUGCCGCUAAGGAACGAUCCUCAAUACGAAACCGAAACCCAACGCAUAGCCGCCGGUACUGACGAGCCAUCAACACCAGCAGCGCUAAAAGACCAAAAUGAGCAAUAG